GUGUGUGUGUGUGUGUGUGUGUGUGUGUGUGUGUGUGUGUGUGUGUGUGUGUGUGAGGGUGUGUCUGCUCUUAUAAACUCGGACACUCCGGAGAUUCAGUCACUGCUGAAACUGAAGGCCGGGUUUACAUCAUUGUGAGAAUGGAGCAUCUGUCAGCAGCGCAGACGCGGUUCGCCCUCAAUCUGUUCCAGAAGAUCCGCGAUGGAAACGCGUCAGGAAACGUCUUCUACUCUCCUCUCAGCAUCUCUGCUGCUCUCUCCAUGCUGUCUCUCGGGGCAGGAGGAAACACGGCGUCUCAGAUGACCCGGACUUUGCAGUUUCCCGAAGCGAAGGGUGAAAUCCACGCUGGCUUCACCAAGCUCCUGAGCGAGAUGAACAAAGCAGGAGCUCCGUACGCGCUGAGUCUCGCCAACCGCCUCUACGGAGAGCAGUCCUACCGAUUUGUUGAGAAAUUUCUCAGUGACACAAAGAGCCUGUAUCAGGCUGAACUGGAGACGGUGGACUUCAUCGGUCAGGCGGACGCGGCGCGGGUCAACAUCAACAGCUGGGUGGAGAAACAGACACAAGAGAAGAUCAAGGACCUGCUGGCUAAAGGGGACGUGAAUUCACUGACCAGACUGGUGCUGGUGAACGCCAUCUACUUCAAGGGCAACUGGGAGAGGAAGUUCAGAAAGAAACACACCCGAGAUGAUCAGUUCAAGCUGAACAAGAAUGAAUCGAAGCCAGUGCGGAUGAUGUCCCAGAAGGCCAAGUUUCUUUCCUUCAUUCCUGAAAUGAACUGUCAGAUUCUCGAGCUGCCGUAUGUGGGGAAAGAGCUCAGUAUGCUGAUCAUGCUUCCCAACGCCAUGGAGGACGACACCACCGGCCUUCAGAAGCUGGAGAGCGCGCUGACCUACGAGAACUUCAUGAAGUGGACCCGACCUGACAUGAUGGAUCUUCUGGAAGUCAAAGUGUCUCUGCCCAGAUUCAAGAUGGAGGAAACCUAUAACAUGAACGAUCUUCUGAUCAGCCUGGGAAUGGUGGAUGCGUUUGACUUGCAGAAAGCCAAUUUUACAGGAAUUUCCCCCAGCGAAGAUCUGGUGCUGUCUAAGGUGGUGCAUAAGUCCUUUGUUGAAGUGAAUGAAGAGGGGACGGAGGCGGCUGCAGCCACCGGUGCUGUUGUCGUGGCGAACUGCUUACCGACACGCUUCUGCGCCAAUCACCCUUUCCUCUUCUUCAUACGCCACAAUCCCUCUAAGAGCGUUCUGUUCUGCGGACGCGUCUGCUCUCCUUGAGAUCCCGACUCAUGUGACAACUUGCUGAUGGGUUUGAUCAGUUUAGGCAAGGCAAGGCAAUUUUAUUUGUAUAGCACAUUUCAUACACAAUGGUAAUUCAAAGUGCUUUACAUAAAGAAGAAUAAUAAAAAUAGAACAUAAGGAACAGAAAUAACAGUAAAAACAGAGAAUAAUACUGGUAGAUGAGGGAUCAGGGUUCUGGUCUGUGCGCUACAUGUGUUGAAAUGUCCUUUUGCCUUAAUUCCCCAGUGCCUGUGUUGUUUCCUCUAUUGAAUAAUCUGGAGUGAAAUUGUUUAUGCAUUUACUCUAAAGGUGCUUGCAACAUUAUGAAUAAAGAACUUGUGAUUGUUCAAAAAAUAAAA